AUGCCUCAAGCAUCCAGCCUUCCCGCGUGGGCCGAGCUCCAGGCUCACCGCGACAACGUCGGCAAGAACUUUGUCCUGAAGGAAGCCUUCGCAGCCGACACGGAUCGUUUCGCCAAGUUCAGCCGUACCUUCAAGAACUCGGCUUCGGGCACCGACAUCCUCUUUGACUUUUCAAAGAACUUCCUCAACGAUGAGACCCUCCACCUCCUCGUCAAGCUCGCCGAGCAGGCCAACCUCGAGAAGAAGCGCGAUGCCAUGUUCGCCGGCGAGAAAAUCAACUUCACCGAGAAGCGCGCCGUCUACCACUCCGCCCUCCGCAACGUCGGCGACUGGGACAUGAAGGUUGACGGUGUCGACGUCAUGGGCAACAAGGGCGGUGUCCGCGAGGUUCUCGAGCACAUGAAGGAGUUCUCCGAGCAGGUCCGCAGCGGCGAGUGGAAGGGCUACACCGGCAAGAAGCUCACCACCAUUGUCAACGUCGGUAUCGGAGGUUCCGAUCUCGGCCCCGUCAUGGUCACCGAGGCCCUCAAGCACUACGGUGCCAAGGACCAAACCCUCCACUUCGUCUCCAACAUUGACGGUACCCACAUGGCCGAGGCCCUCGCCAACUCGGAUCCCGAGACCACCCUCUUCCUCAUCGCCUCCAAGACCUUCACCACCGCGGAGACCACCACCAACGCCAACACGGCCAAGUCGUGGUUCCUCGAGAAGACGGACGGCAAGGGCGAGAUCGCCAAGCACUUUGUUGCUCUGUCCACCAACGAGGAGGAGGUCACCAAGUUCGGCAUCGACGCCAAGAACAUGUUCGGCUUCGAGAGCUGGGUUGGCGGUCGCUACUCCGUCUGGAGUGCCAUUGGCCUCAGUGUCGCCAUCUACGUCGGCUACGACAACUUCCAUAAGUUCCUUGCCGGUGCCCACGAGAUGGACAAGCACUUCCGCGAGACUCCCCUUGCGGAAAACAUCCCCGUUCUGGGAGGUCUCCUGAGCGUUUGGUACUCUGACUUCUUCCAGGCCCAGACCCACCUGGUUGCUCCCUUCGACCAGUACCUGCACCGCUUCCCUGCCUACCUCCAGCAGCUUUCCAUGGAGUCCAAUGGCAAGACCAUCACCUCUGACGGAACUCCCGCCAAGUACACCACCGGUCCCAUCCUCUUCGGCGAGCCCUGCACCAACGCCCAGCACUCCUUCUUCCAGCUCGUCCACCAGGGUACCAAGCUGAUCCCCGCCGACUUCAUUUUGGCCGCCAAGAGCCACAACCCCAUUAGCGACGGUGUCCACCAGAAGAUGCUCGCCUCCAACUACUUUGCCCAGGCUGAGGCCCUGAUGGUUGGCAAGACCGCUGACCAGGUACGCGCCGAGGGUGCCCCCGAGGAGCUUGUCCCCCACAAGAUCUUCCUCGGCAACCGCCCCACCACCAGCAUCUUGGUCGGUGGCCACAUUGGCCCCGCCGAGCUUGGUGCUCUGAUUGUCUACUACGAGCACCUUACCUUCACUGAGGCCGCCAUCUGGGACAUCAACGCCUUUGACCAGUGGGGUGUCGAGCUGGGCAAGGUCCUGGCCAAGAAGAUUCUCAAGGAGCUUGACGAGGCUGGCAACGGCGAGGGCCACGACGCCUCCACUGGCGGUCUGAUUGGCGCUUUCAAGAAGUACUCCAACUUGUAA